AUGGUAAAAUUCAACGUCUCCUUUCUCCUUGCUGCCCUGAUCGCGUCCCCCACUGCAGCUGGCUACACCACUCAGUCGACUACCGAGACUGAAGCAAUUUGCCAGCAGGAAGUUGAUGUGCCGGAUAUUUGCGACGGAAGCGAUGAAUGGUACCCUGUGUCGGUGGUCGGUAUGGAAGGAUACUACUGCGCUAAGGGACCAAUAUGUGCUGGCGAAAGUGGAAACUGCCCGGGUCCACACCGGGACCUUAUUUACGGAUCGAGCUGUGUGAGUCUAAGUGAGGGAACAUACGGCUGUAGUCCCAACACGGAAUGUCCAACUGAGUCCACAGAGCUGAAAGUGCCUGAAGAUUGCGAGGUUGUUCUCGACACUCCAGCACCUGUCACUCCUGAAGUGACUACGGAAGCACAUUACUACCAGGAGACAGCAACCGUGCCACCCCCUGUGUACACUCCUGAGCCGAAAACUGCCCCGCCUAAGGUUGACACCCCAGAGACGGCAACGGUACCGCCUCCGGUCUACAUUCCUCCGCCCAAGGUCGACACUCCAGAGACGGCAACUGUGCCGCCCCCGGUUUACACUCCUCCACCCAAGGUUGACACUCCAGAGACGGCAACGGUACCGCCUCCGGUCUACACUCCUCCACCUAAGUCGGAGCGUCCAUCUGCUCCCGUGUCCGCUCCUCGGUUUGAGGAGCUGGACCAACCUUCUCGUGGGGCGCCUGCUGAUCUGCAGCCCCCUGCGGAUCAUGAUACCGCUUGA